AGUCCGCCGAGCACUGAACUCUAAACCCCCGCAGAUCUGUUCAAUGAGAGCAGACGAUAACAUAAUAUCGAAAGUACAUUAGUGAUCGCUUUGACGCUUCACCGUCUCAACAGGGAAUAGUGUUCCGUAGCAUAAGGAAUUCCGAUGAAUAUUCGGUGCAGUUGAUGAUCUGUGGCGUUUAUACAGUCUGUCCGGAGUGAGACCCCGUAGAGGCUGAACCCACUGCAGCUGAUGUUCUCAGGGACCAGAGUCACGUGAUGUACGAAGGUAAACACAUCCAUUUCUCAGAGCUGGAUAGUAAGCCGCUGUGCUCCUACAGCCCCAAACUCUGCAAGCAGCGCAGAUUGAACGGAUACGCCUUCUGCAUUCGUCAUGUUCUGGAGGACAAAACCGCUCCGUUUAAGCAGUGCGAGUAUGUGGCCAAGUACAACAGUCAGCGAUGCACCAACCCAAUCCCCAAAGCAGAAGAGCGAAGAUACUGUAACAGCCACCUACAGGUGCUUGGCUUCAUCCCGAAGAAGGAGCGUAAGAAGAAGCAGGAUGCUCUGGAGGAGGUUCGUGCCCGUGCUCACGUGGAGUCUGUCGCUCUGAACAUCACCGUUCCCUCUCUGGCUUUGAGAGACACUAAUGGGCUGGAUGGCCUCCCUCCGUCUCCGCCCUGCUCCCGUCUGACUCGGAUGCCUCUCUCGGACUCCGACAUCCUCGACCCCUUUGCCUUCUAUGAGGAGGACACGGACGGAGAGGAAAGCGUUGUGCAGAAGAGCUCCAGCAAGAGGAAGCUGCCCAGCAGGCCAGUGAUUGACCUGAGGGUGACCGCUCGGGACCCAGAGCACCGUCAGCCGGACAUCGAGCACUUUAGCGCCGUCACUGAGCCCUGCACACUUCCAACCUCCCCACACCUACCACAACCACCUCCACCACCUGCUCCACCUCCGCCUCAAUCCUCGGCGAGGCUUGUCCAGCCCCCUCAACAUACAGAUCGGCCCGCUUACGCCCAACAUGGGGCAGUGCAGACUCUGCUAUGCAAGCCAGCUCCACCUCAGACAGGGCCUUCUGUUUUAUCUGGUCUGCUCCCGUCAGCUGGGGUUCAGAACCAGCCUGUUAGCCGGAGACCUGUCCCUGCUGCGUCCCCUCGCCCACCUGCUGCCCAGGACUGCCCACAGCCCCGCGCCGUGGCCAUGCGCCCCACUGCCUUUACAGCACCCCCUGUCUGCCUGCUCAGACUACAGCACCUUGUGCAGCUUUACGCUCAGAGACAGAGAGAACACGGAGACCUGUUCCCACAUCUUGGGCUAGACUGGUCUGAGGACUGUACAGAUGAUGAAGAUACCGAGGAGCUUGUUCCUUUAUUGCCUCAGGCCUGGAGACUUCAGGAAAGAAGCUCCCUUCAAAGCUCCUCCAAUGAAAAGCCGCUUUCCCGGCGGGCACGUCUGGCACAGCUAUGUACAUACCUACAGGAGAGGUAUAAACACCUGUGCCGACAGGACAGGGCAGCCACCCGUCACAGCAGAUACCAAUACGCCUUCCGGAAAGCUCUGCUCCAUGCUGCAAGAAAAGACCCAGACUGCACUGCACAGCUCAUUCAGAAACUCAGCAAGAGCUCACAGACCUCAACCUGUUCACACAAGUAUGAAAGGACAAUGUGUACGGGAACCACGAAGGGUCAAAGCUGCAGCAACAUAGCUUUGCCAUUUUCACGUCACUGUUUUCAACAUAUCCUGUUGAAUCGCUCUCAGCAGCUGUUCUCCAGUUGCACAGCGCGGUUCGCUGAUGGACAGCAGUGCUCCGUUCCUGUGUUUGACAUCACUCACCAAACACCUCUUUGUGACGAACAUGCCAAGAAAAUGGAUAAUUUCCUGCGUGGGGAUGGCAACAGACGCAGUCAGCAACAGCAGCUGCGGCGCCCACGUAAGAAGACCAAGCCGCCUGCACUGACGAAGAAACACAAAAAGAAAAGAAGACUAGGUCCACGCAGACCGCAGAAGCCCAUUCCUCCCGCUGUGCCACAGGGCAACUUGCUAAUGCCCUCGCUCUCACUGCCCACUCACCACGCCCAUGUCAGGAGUCCGUCGACCCCUGAACUCAGCGCAGACGAGCUUCCUGACGACAUCACAAAUGAAAUGCCUGACAUUCCCAAUGAUCUUGAGCUGAAUCAGGAAGACUUCUCUGAUGUGCUGCCCAGACUCCCUGAUGAUCUUCAGGAUUUCGACCUUUUUGAGGGUAAGAAUGGAGAGUUGUUGCCCACCACAGAGGAGGCAGAGGAGCUGGUCAGAGCCCUGCAGGCCAUGGGGUCAUAUCCCGAUUCCCUGGUGUGUUUGUCCUCAAUGGGCGAACUGACCCCAGCAGACGGGGUAGACCACCGAACCAUGGCUGUGUUCUCGGGAUCAGGGGUCACAGCAACUGGCAUCGGAGACCUUCUAAACGGCCGAAUGUCUUCUGAGACUUUUCCCAAUCUAGAGCUGGAGGGAAACCUCCUCCACGCCCCGACAGACCAUCAUUUCACAACGUCCCCUUCUCCCCAGCCAACACAGAGCAGCACCACCGCACCGUCUACAAAUCCCAAUGGUGGGUUAACAGAACGAACGUUUUCCCGAGUUCCCAAACCAGACUCGUCCCCGCCAGGUAGUCAUUACAGCAGCGAGCAUGUGCCAUCGCCCUACAGGGAUCACAUCUCACCCCCACAUGGUGCCUCUUAUCAAACCGACGCACCUCUCUUGCUGGAGGUGCCUUUGAGUGGAGCGCCCGGGCCACCGCGCACCUCCUGGAAUAACCUCCCGCUUUCACUCACAGACCCGGCACAGUUCGGUAACCUCCUCUCUGCUGAAACUCACCUGCUCUCCACUGCUCUGUCCACCCCGCCCUCCACGUCCCACUCCACAAUCUUGCAGCCCACCGCUGCUCUCUCCGCUCUACCCCAACCGGGCCUGACCGGCCUCACCUCACCCUCAUCCUCGCCCUCUUCACGGGACCUUCUCACCCCCACCCAACCUAAACUACAGCUCCCACAGUUUAGUGCAGCCUUCGGCCACCAACUGGCUUCCCACAGUGGGAUCCCCAAAGACCUGCAGCCCAGCCAUAGCUCGACAGCGCCACCUACAGGCUUUACCAUCACUAGUGCCACUGCUGCCACUCCCCCGUUCCCUCAGAGCAACUGAGUCUGGUUAGAGAGACCCCCCCCAUCUCACAUUUUAAAGGGAUAGUUCACUCAAAAAUGAAAACUGUCAUUUACUCACCCUCAUGACUUUCGUUUGUCCUUGGAACAAGAAAGUAGCGAACAAGGGCUGUCAAGCUCCAAAAAAGCACUCUAAAUUUCUGCACAUUUAAACUGCUGUAUAACAAUCGUUUAUGACGUGUGACGACCUGGAUUGUUUAGCAAUGUCUUUGCGUGGCAUAUUUGCCUGUUUAAACACUGCAAGAUUUUGAGUGAGUAAAGGCCUGUUCACACCAAGACAAAUGUUCAGUAAACAUUUUAAUUUGAAUGAAUGGCUGUUAAUGCAUCAGCAACACAAAUAUUCGCACACUGUCAAUGCUAAUUUGGCACACUACAAAGGAAACUGGCCGACCAGUAGUUAGCACGUUUGAUCACAAAAAGUCAUUGUGUAAAGCUAUGAUGUGAUGGCGCUCACUAACAGACUAUUUUGUGAUCAGAGUGACAGUAAAUAGCAGAGCAAGAAUCCGGAACUGGGUUUCUUGUCUCUGGAAUUUGUUUUUUAAUACAAAAGUCUAAACGACUGUUUGAAAACAUGAAAAUUCUGUUCGACUUCCUUUCUUCUUUGUGAUAAGUGGGUGUCAGAAGUGGAAAUUAGCACAGUGCUCUUCUUUACUUCUGUUCUUCAGAAAGCGCCACCUACUGUCAUGGAGUGAAUUUGCAUUUUCAUUCAACGUAUCUGCCUUUUUCCCCAUUGGUCUUAACAGAAAAUCAAAUCUGUGUAAACAGGCCUUUAAUUACUUACAUUUUAGUCAGUUCCUAACACAAAGCUAUUGUAUAUCUUCAGAAAACUUG